CCGUGUAAAUCUCGAAUCAAUUUUAUUGUAGUUGGAGUACUUGUUUUCUCUUCGUCACUAUGUCUGUGCAGACCCUCCUUAAAGCCCAGGGGCUUCGCCAACUGAUGCUUCAAAACACAAAAUAUAUGCGGCUUUUGGAUGCGUCCUGGCAUCUCCCAUCAGAAAAUCGUAAUCCAAAGGACGAAUUUUUAGCUCAUCGGAUCCCAGGGGCUAAGUUUUUUGACAUAGACGAAUGUGUCGACAAGUCAUCACCUUAUGAGCACACGUUACCGAAAACCGAAGAUUUCUCAAAUUACGUUCGAAGUCUAGGAAUUAACAACGAUAGCCAUGUUGUUGUUUAUGAUCACAGUAAAGUUGGGUUAUUCUCGGCUCCUCGAGUUUGGUGGAUGUUUCGUGCAUUUGGGCACGAUCGGGUAUCGAUUUUGGAUGGUGGAUUUUUAAAGUGGAAGGCCGAGUCUGAUUACCCUAUUUCAUCAGGUCCAGAGGAUGUAGUCGAAAUUGAAGCAGAUGGUGGACCAUUCAAAGCUACCUUAAAUCCAGGCAUGUUCUGUGACUUUGAUUUUGUGAAGGCCAAUUUUUCAGACCCACACAUACAAGUAGCCGAUGCACGAUCUCCUGGCAGGUUCCUUGGAACUGAAACAGAGCCACGCCCAAACUUUCCAUCUGGUCAUAUUCCACAUUCAAAAAGUCUCCAUUAUGCCAAAUUCUUAGAACCCGAAACAAAGCUAAUGAAAGAUCCAGAGGAGUUGAAAAAAGUAUUUGAUGAAGCAGGAAUUGAUCUUCAAAACCCACUUGUUACAACCUGUGGGUCAGGAAUCACAGCUUGCAUCAUAGCUUUAGGAGCACAUCUAUGUGGAAAGAGGGACACUAUGGUGUAUGAUGGGUCAUGGGUGGAGUGGGGACAGCGAGCUUCUCCAGAUAUGAUAGAAAAGAAUUAAUCGCACACCCUUUUGGUCUAAGGCAGACCUGAUAACAAAAAGUGUACCAUAAAAAAGUAAAUUUGAAGAGGAGAGGGGCAAGGUUAGCUUUGCCAAUAAGGGUAGAACAUUUCUCAGUACCAGCUGAAGGGAAAAAAGAGAGGUGGGGACAAGGUUGUUAAAUUGUUAGCUGAUAGAAAAUCUGCCAACAUGACUAAUAAUAUAUUAAGUACAUAACAAAAAUAGCUUGUAUAAUGCAAUACAUCAUUCUCAUCCAAACAAGAGAGAACUUUGUUGUGUUUCUUUAUUUCUCUCUGCUCAUAAAUUCAUUUUAAACCAAAUGAAUAUUUUCUAGUUUACAUGAUCUCUUUUGUAUGUAUGUUCUAUACAGUACAAAGUGACGAUUUUCUUUACACUGCAUGAUAAUGAAAUUCAAAUAGUUGUCUGUAACAACCUUGUCCAAUGUUAACGAAAUGAUCAACAACUAUCACAUUGGAAGCCAAGGAACUCCUUAAUCAAAGACAAUAAAGGUGUUGUAGACAGUUAUGCAGCAUCUUACAUAACACACACUAUAGCGAGGUUCACAGUAUUUCCAAUACAAAAUUAUCCUUUUGCUUAUAUAUUCCUUAUCUUUUUCUAGUACAAUUAAUUUAAAGAUGAUGAAAUAAGGAACUGUCCAAAGGCUAUAAUUCUGUUCUUAAGAUGAGUAUUAAAAUACAUAUACAUACAUAAAAUACAUACAUUUUCUCAUCACCCUAUUCCCACCAAUGGCAUAGCUCCACUUUCUGCAUAUAAACCCACACACAACCUACAAUUCCUCCAAUUGCUCUGACAAAGGGCUAAUGCUUGAAACGUCAGCUUUUUUACCCAUUACAGUGGCUAAUUUACGUUUUCAACUCAGUUGUUAACACUAAAUUACCUAUUAAAAUACAUAUUUGAUUCCACCAAACAGAGAGCAACAAGUUGUAGAAAUCACCCUUUUACUGCCAAAUCUUCUUACUUUCUGGCAUAGAUCUCCUAAAUUAUCAGAUGAAAUUUUAAUCAAAUUGACAUUUUUUCCUUAUCCAAUCAGCUGUCUUUUUGAUUUGGUACAAGAAAUUAUUUGUUGGUCAGUUCUAGAGGUGAGAGGGCUUAGUGCCUAAAGGGGUUCUCUUCAAACUUAUUCCUUCAAGCAUAAAUAUCAUUCCUGUAGAUAAGGAGUAGCUGUUUUAGUUUCUUAACUCCAAAAUGUAGGAAAUAAAUAGGCUAUUACUGUAUAACAUUUGAGUCCAUGGCACUCUAAUUCCUGAGUCAAUAAAAAAUAUUACACAUUUAUAA